AUGGAUUCUCUCACGACUCAUCCCUCGAACGCUCAGCAGGCGAGGGCCUUCACCUCUCCUGCCUCCCUGUCCUUCCCCGGUGGUGCGGGUGACGCGACAACCCCGCCGUCCUCUGAAAAAGAUGGUGUCAUGGCGAUGGGUUCUCAGGGUGCGAAUGGAGUGAUGAAUGGCCAGCAGCACGGAGGUCAAGCCGCCAACGGCAAUGGGGUGAUGCCCGCAACUCCUGCUGCGACUCCUGGUGCCAAUGCGCCGGGUAGUGGUAUUGUGCCUACCUUGCAAAACAUCGUCGCAACUGUCAACCUUGACUGUCGUUUGGAUUUGAAAACCAUCGCACUCCACGCAAGAAAUGCGGAGUACAACCCAAAGCGUUUCGCUGCCGUGAUCAUGCGUAUUCGAGAACCGAAGACCACUGCGUUGAUUUUCGCGUCGGGAAAAAUGGUUGUCACCGGUGCCAAAUCGGAAGAUGACUCCAAGUUGGCGUCCAGGAAAUACGCACGGAUUAUCCAGAAGCUUGGUUUCAAUGCCAAGUUCACGGAUUUCAAAAUCCAGAACAUCGUCGGCUCUUGUGACAUCAAGUUCCCCAUUCGUUUGGAGGGUCUGGCUAGUCGCCACCACAAUUUCAGUUCUUACGAACCCGAAUUGUUCCCGGGUCUCAUCUACCGUAUGAUGAAGCCCAAGAUCGUCCUGUUGAUCUUCGUCAGUGGCAAGAUUGUCUUGACAGGUGCCAAGGUCCGUGAAGAGAUCUACCAGGCAUUCGAGAUGAUCUAUCCUGUGCUUUCUGACUUCCGCAAGGUUUAA